AUGUCUCUGGGCAGUUGCAGGCAGACCAUGCUUGCAGCAGAGAUCUGCACCCUGAUGGCAAUUCUGGUGGCAGGCACUGCAGGACAGAGCCAGAACGGGAGGGAGGCAGGGUCCUCCUGCUACGGGGGGUUUGACCUUUACUUCGUUUUGGACAAGUCCGGGAGUGUGCAGCACCACUGGAAUGAGAUCUAUUACUUUGUUGAUCACCUGGCUCAUAAAUUCAUAAGCCCUCAGCUGCGGAUGUCCUUCAUUGUAUUUUCUACAGAGGGACGGAUCCUGAUGAAACUAACAGAAGACAGGGAGCAGAUUCGGGCAGGCCUGGAAGAGCUCCGCAUGGUGCAUCCUGGGGGAGACACGUUUAUGCACAAAGGGUUCCAAAGGGCCAGUGAACAAAUCUACUAUGCUGGUGACAGUUUCCGUACGGCCAGUGUCAUCAUUGCCUUGACAGAUGGCGAACUGAGGGAGAAUCAGUUUGAUCUGGCAGAGAGAGAGGCCAGCCGAUCGCGUCAACUGGGCGCCUCAGUCUACUGCGUGGGAGUAAAAGACUUCAAUGAAACCCAGCUUUGGACAAUAGCCGACAGUAAGGACCAUGUCUUCCCUGUGAAUGAUGGCUUUGAGGCACUGCAAGGAGUCAUUGAUUCAAUCCUGAAGAGAUCAUGCAUCGAGAUCUUGGCAGCAGAGCCCUCUAGUAUCUGUGCAGGAGAGUCCUUCCAGGUGGUAGUGAAAGGAAAUGGUUUCUCACAUGCCCGCGAGGUGGGGAAGGUCCUUUGUAGCUUCCGCAUUAACGACACUCUCACUUUGAUGAAAAGACCAUUGGUCGUGAGAGACACCUACCUGCUGUGUCCAGCUCCAGUAUUGGAGGAGGAGGGGACGGCAGCUACCCUCCACGUCAGUAUGAACAAUGGCCUGAGUUUCAUAUCUAGUUCUGUCACCAUCACCUCUGUCAGCUGUUCUGACGGGACAUUCUUGGCCAUAGCUCUGCUCAUCCUGCUGCUCCUCCUGACGCUGGCUCUGCUCUGGUGGUUCUGGCCUCUCUGCUGCACAGUGAUCAUCCAUGAGCCUCCACCUCCGGUACUGGAGGACAGCUCAGACGAGGACGAGGACGGGUAUCCCAAGAAGAGGUGGCCCACUGUGGAUGCCUCAUACUACGGUGGCCGAGGUGUGGGUGGCAUCAAGAGAAUGGAGGUCCGCUGGGGCGAUAAGGGUUCUACUGAGGAGGGGGCCAAACUAGAGAAAGCCAAGAAUGCCCGCGUCAAGAUGCCAGAGCAGGAGUUUGACAUGGCACCAACACGCACUCUCAACAACGGCAUGCACAAACCCAUCAGUCCCCAGAAAUGGUACUCCCCUAUAAAGGGCAAGCUGGAUGCUCUGUGGGUGUUCCUGAGGAAAGGCUAUGAUAGGGUGUCUGUGAUGAGACCCCAUCCUGGAGACAAGGGCAGGUGCAUUAGCUUCACCCGGGUGAAAGCCUACCCUGCACCUCGUUAUCCAGUCUACAACCAGCCCUCCACAGCCAUCUACAGUCUGCCUCACACCUACAGUCACCCUUCCUCACACAGCACCCUCUCCCACAUGCCCCCCUCUCCCACCUCUACUCUACCACCUCUGCCAUCCACUCCCCCCCCUCCCUCCUGCAUCACCCCUCCCCCUUACACCCCCCCUCCAAACCGAGCUCUGCCCCCCACUUCUCUAAGUCCUCCCCCAUCUGUUUCUCCACCCACCCCUCCACCCCUUUGCCCUCCCACCCCUCCCCUAUUUUGCCCUGCCACCCCUCCACCCAUUAGCUCCGCCACACCCCCUUCCCCAACUGGCUCGCUGCCCCCACCCCCUCAGGCCCCACCCCCAUGCAGAGCUCCCCCCCCUUCUCGCCCUCCCCCACACCCGUCUGACCAAUGCCUGUGA